CCCUCCCCUCCCCUCUCUCCGCCCCAUGCGUGUCCUGAGACUGUCAGAGCGCUUCACAGUGUCCGCACAGCCUCACGCUCGCUCAUGCACACACACGCAGACGCGGACACAGACAGGCGAACGGACAGAUAUGCAUUCACAUCUAUAACAUACUCGGACAAAUUUCUACAUGCAUAGUGAUAUAAAUCCACAUCUGCAGACACCGGGCAGAGGGUUGGUAUUAGCAUUAGACGAUGGCGGCUGCCACGCGCAGCAACAGUACCUCGGCCGCACUGCACACCGCACACGGCAGCCUGGAGCCCCCCAAGAAGCGCAUAGACCCGAGGAGAAGGCAGGCGGCUCUCAGCUUCCUUACCAACAUCUCCCUGGAUGGGCGUCCGGCGCAGGGUGAGGGAGAAGCGCAGGAAGAAGAGGAGGAAGCGCCGACUCGUACCGACUCCUGUCUGUCUUGCAAAGCCGGCGCUCCGAGCUGCAGGAAUUCAGCGGAAGGGGAGCCGACGGCGAGGUGCGCCGAGCGCAGGGUGCUCACCGGCGGUGCGGGCGCUUCCCCCAGGGGGAGGAUCAAUUCCUUCACUCUGGGAAUUGUGCCCACUGCUUUCCUGAGGCAGGCGUCAGUGCCGAACUACUGCCUGGAGCAGGGCCAGAUUGGCAGCGCCGCUUUCGAUUUACAGCGAUCCAGGCGCCGCUUGGUUUCUCAGCGUUCUUCAUUGGAGACUCUAGAAGACAUUGAGGAAAAUGCCCCAUUGCGGAGAUGUCGGACUCUGUCAGGUUCCCCCAGACCAAAGAGCUUUAAGAAGAUUCACUUUAUCAAAAGCAUGCGACAACACGACACCAGGAAUGGCAGGAUAGUGUUAAUCAGCGGCAAGAGGUCCUUCUGCUCGGUGUUCUCAGUAAUGCCGUAUCAAGACAGCGGUCAGCCUGGGGAAAUGCAAGCGGAGGGUGCGAGGCAGAGGCACCCUUCUGGAGGAAUUGGUGCCAAGGAAAUGGUGGUUGGUCUGGAAGGAGUGGAACUGGGUGCAAAUGGCAAGACUGUUUCCUACACACAGUUUCUUUAUCCAACUAACGUGCUUGGUGGACGGAGGAACACGAUAGAUUCCACGGCAUCUUUAUCCCAGUUUCGCAACACUAGCCAUCGUAACACUCCUCUCGGGAGGGCCAGCAGUUCCCAGGGAAGCAUCGAAACAGGUACUGAAGUGACAGAGUUUGCAGAAUACAAUCCCAACCUGGUGGAUGACCCACAGUGGCCGUGUGGAAAACACAAGCGAGUUCUCAUUUUCCCUUCCUAUAUGACUACAGUGAUUGAAUAUGUCAAACCCUCCGAUCUUAAAAAGGACAUGAAUGAAACCUUCCGAGAAAAGUUUCCCCAUAUCAAGUUGACCCUCAGUAAGAUAAGAAGUCUGAAACGGGAGAUGAGGAAGCUGGCACAAGAGGAGUGUGGUCUGGAAGAGCCAACCGUGGCCAUGGCCUUUGUCUACUUUGAGAAACUGGCACUCAAAGGCAAACUGAACAAACAAAACCGCAAGCUCUGUGCAGGCGCCUGCGUUUUACUAGCAGCCAAAGUAGACAGCGAUCUACGGAAGCAUGAAGUCAAACAUCUGAUUGAUAAACUGGAAGAAAAAUUCCGACUUAACCGAAGAGAACUGUUAGCCUUUGAGUUUCCCGUGUUAGUUGCCUUGGAAUUUGCUCUUCAUCUUUCCGAGCAUGAAGUGCUGCCGCACUACAGAAGGCUUACCCAGCAUUCCUAGCAGUGGCCAAGGGGUUCCAGGUUCAUCUGCUACUGCCCCCACCCCCACCCCACCCC